AAACAGGACCUGGAAAUAGUGUACUCCUAUUUGCAUGGCAUGGAGGCCUUAUCAAACCUGAGGGAGCAUCAACUUAGUCCAUGUGGAUUAGAAGCAUCACGUGGGCCAAAGGGGAUGAGGUUGCUACGGUUAGGAGUGGAGACCAAAAUCUGUAAAAGGCACAGUAAGUGUCUGGGACCCAUCAGUGCUGGAAAUAAGAGCCUGCUGAACUGUGUGCAGAUGCUGAUGUAGGCCAUGGAGGUACAGCAUGGAAGUAGACCGGACCGCUGCCAUUGUGGAGCUUACGUUCCCAGUGCGGCAGACACGAUUUAGGGAGUGGGUCAGUGUUGUUCGAUUCAGAUGUACUGGACCUGGUUAAUGUGUGAAACUGUGAGAUACGAAAGACAUGAAGCAAAUGAAGUUUUAUACUAUCCUGAUGAUAUUGGCACCUGCUGGUAUAUCCUUCUGUCUGGUUCCGUGUUCAUUAAGGAAUCCAUGUUUCUUCCAAGAAGCAGUGGCACCAAGGAACAUUUGUAUGUUUUCGGCAAGCGUUCUGCAGGAAGCUUUAGGCGUGGCUGUGAAUGCAUUGUUUUAGAGCCUUCUGAAAUGAUUGUGGUGGACUAUAUGGAUGAAAAUGAAGAAUAUUUUCAGCGUCAAGCUUCUCAUCGACAGUCUCGAAGGAGAUUUAGAAAAAUUAACCAGAAAGGUGAAAGGCAAACAAUUAUUGACACUGUGGAUCCUUAUCCUGUGGGCAAACCACCUUUACCUAGAGGCUAUCAUACGGAAUGCACUAAAUCCCAGCUUCCUGCAGAUUUCACAAAACUACACCUUACUGAUAGUCUCCACCCACAGGUGACCCACGUUUCUUCUAGCCACUCAGGAUGUAGCAUCACUAGUGAUUCUGGAAGCAGCAGUCUUUCUGAUAUCUACCAGGCCACAGAAAGUGAGGCUGGUGAUAUGGACCUGAGCGGGCUGCCGGAAACAGCAGUGGAUUCCGAGGACGACGACGAUGAGGAAGAUAUCGAGAGGGCGUCGGACCCUCUGAUGAGCAGGGACAUUGUGCGAGACUGCCUGGAGAAGGACCCCAUCGACAGGACAGACGACGACAUCGAACAACUCUUGGAAUUUAUGCACCAGUUGCCUGCCUUUGCCAAUAUGACAAUGUCGGUGAGACGAGAACUCUGUGCUGUGAUGGUAUUUGCAGUGGUGGAAAGAGCUGGAACCAUAGUGUUAAAUGAUGGCGAAGAGCUGGAUUCCUGGUCAGUAAUUCUGAAUGGUUCUGUAGAAGUGACUUAUCCAGAUGGAAAAGCAGAAAUAUUAUGUAUGGGAAAUAGUUUUGGUGUCUCUCCUACCAUGGACAAGGAAUAUAUGAAAGGAGUAAUGAGAACAAAGGUGGAUGACUGCCAGUUUGUCUGCAUAGCCCAGCAAGAUUAUUGCCGUAUUCUCAACCAAGUAGAAAAGAACAUGCAAAAAGUGGAGGAGGAAGGAGAAAUUGUGAUGGUGAAAGAACACCGAGAACUUGAUCGAACUGGAACAAGAAAGGGACACAUCGUCAUCAAGGGUACCUCUGAAAGAUUAACAAUGCAUUUGGUGGAAGAGCAUUCGGUGGUGGAUCCAACGUUCAUAGAAGACUUCCUGUUGACCUAUAGGACUUUUCUUUCUAGCCCAAUGGAAGUGGGCAAAAAGUUAUUGGAGUGGUUUAAUGACCCGAGCCUCAGGGAUAAGGUUACACGGGUAGUAUUAUUGUGGGUAAAUAAUCACUUCAAUGACUUUGAAGGAGAUCCUGCGAUGACUCGAUUUCUAGAAGAAUUUGAAAAUAAUCUGGAAAGAGAGAAAAUGGGUGGACAUCUAAGGUUGUUAAAUAUUGCAUGUGCAGCUAAAGCAAAAAGAAGAUUGAUGACAUUAACAAAACCAUCCCGAGAAGCUCCUCUGCCUUUUAUUUUACUUGGAGGCUCAGAGAAGGGAUUUGGAAUCUUUGUGGACAGUGUUGAUUCAGGUAGCAAAGCAACUGAAGCAGGCUUGAAACGAGGGGAUCAGAUAUUAGAAGUAAAUGGUCAAAACUUUGAAAAUAUUCAGCUGUCAAAAGCCAUGGAAAUUCUUAGAAAUAACACACAUUUAUCUAUCACUGUGAAAACCAACUUAUUUGUAUUUAAAGAACUUCUAACAAGAUUGUCAGAAGAGAAAAGAAAUGGUGCCCCUCACCUUCCUAAAAUUGGAGAUAUCAAAAAGGCCAGUCGCUACUCCAUUCCAGAUCUUGCUGUAGAUGUAGAACAGGUGAUAGGACUUGAAAAGGUCAAUAAAAAAAGUAAAGCCAAUACCGUUGGAGGAAGGAACAAGCUAAAGAAGAUACUCGACAAGACUCGAAUCAGUAUCUUGCCACAGAAACCAUAUAAUGAUAUUGGAAUUGGUCAGUCUCAGGAUGACAGUAUAGUGGGAUUAAGGCAGACAAAGCAUAUCCCGACCGCACUGCCCGUCAGUGGAACCCUAUCAUCCAGUAACCCCGAUUUAUUGCAGUCACAUCAUCGCAUUCUAGACUUCAGCACCACUCCUGACUUGCCAGAUCAAGUGUUAAGAGUUUUUAAGGCUGAUCAGCAAAGCCGAUACAUCAUGAUCAGUAAGGACACCACGGCGAAGGAAGUGGUCAUUCAGGCCAUCAGGGAGUUUGCUGUGACUGCCACUCCAGAUCAAUAUUCGCUAUGUGAGGUCUCUGUCACACCUGAGGGAGUAAUCAAACAAAGAAGGCUUCCAGAUCAGCUUUCCAAACUUGCUGAUCGAAUACAACUGAGUGGAAGAUACUACUUGAAAAACAACAUGGAAACAGAAACCCUUUGUUCAGACGAAGAUGCCCAGGAGCUGCUGAGAGAGAGCCAGAUUUCCUUGCUGCAGCUCAGCACCGUCGAAGUUGCCACGCAGCUCUCCAUGCGGAAUUUUGAACUCUUCCGCAACAUUGAACCUACUGAAUACAUAGAUGAUUUAUUUAAACUGAAAUCAAAAACCAGCUGUGCCAACCUGAAAAAAUUUGAAGAAGUCAUUAACCAGGAAACAUUUUGGGUAGCAUCUGAAAUUCUGAGAGAGACCAACCAGCUGAAGAGGAUGAAGAUCAUUAAGCAUUUCAUCAAGAUAGCGCUACACUGUAGGGAAUGCAAGAAUUUUAACUCGAUGUUUGCAAUCAUCAGUGGCCUAAACCUGGCACCAGUAGCAAGACUGCGAACUACCUGGGAAAAACUUCCCAAUAAAUAUGAAAAGCUAUUUCAAGACCUCCAAGACCUCUUUGAUCCUUCCAGAAACAUGGCAAAAUAUCGCAAUGUCCUCAAUAGUCAAAACCUCCAACCUCCCAUAAUCCCUCUAUUCCCUGUUAUCAAGAAGGAUCUCACGUUCCUUCAUGAAGGAAAUGACUCAAAAGUCGAUGGGCUGGUCAAUUUUGAGAAGCUAAGGAUGAUUGCAAAAGAAAUUCGUCAUGUUGGCCGAAUGGCUUCGGUUAACAUGGACCCUGCCCUCAUGUUCAGGACUCGGAAGAAGAAAUGGAGGAGUCUGGGGUCCCUCAGCCAGGGUAGUACAAACGCAACCGUGCUAGACGUUGCUCAGACAGGUGGUCAUAAAAAGCGGGUACGCCGUAGUUCCUUUCUCAAUGCCAAAAAGCUUUACGAAGACGCCCAAAUGGCUCGAAAAGUGAAGCAGUACCUAUCCAAUUUGGAGCUGGAAAUGGACGAGGAGAGUCUUCAGACAUUAUCCCUGCAGUGUGAGCCAGCGACCAACACAUUGCCUAAGAAUCCUGGUGACAAAAAGCCUGUCAAAACCGAGACCUCCCCAGUGGCUCCGAGGGCAGGGUCACAACAGAAAGCACAACCCCAGCCGCAGCCCCAGCAGCCUCAGCAGCCACACAAAGUCAACCAAGGACUUCAGGUUCCUGCUGUGUCCCUUUAUCCUUCUCGAAAGAAAGUGCCCGUGAAGGACCUCCCACCCUUCGGCAUAAACUCCCCACAAGCUUUAAAGAAAAUUCUUUCUUUGUCUGAAGAAGGAAGUCUGGAGCGUCACAAGAAACAAGCAGAAGAUACGAUAUCAAAUGCAUCUUCACAGCUUUCUUCUCCGCCCACUUCUCCACAAAGUUCUCCGAGGAAAGGUGGCAGUGGCAAUCAGCUGAGAUCUUUUGGCUCCGGGCAGUUGGACUUAACCAGUUCCUCCUCUUCUCUUGGAAGUGAGAACAGUAACAAGAAUAACAAUGCGCCACGGACCUAUGGGAUAGGCUAUACUUUGGCUCCCAGUGGUACUGUGGAUAAUUUUUCAGAUUCUGGUCACAGUGAAAUUUCUUCACGAUCCAGUAUUGUCAGCAAUUCUUCCUUUGACUCGGUGCCAGUCUCGCUGCAUGAUGAGAGGCGCCAGAGGCAUUCUGUCAGCAUCGUGGAAACAAACCUAGGCGUGGGCAGGAUGGAGAGGAGGACCGUGAUUGAGCCCGAUCAAUACAGCUUAGGGUCCUACGCACCAAUGCCUGAGAACCGGGGCUUAUACGCUACAGCGACAGUAAUUUCUUCUCCAAGCACAGAGGAGCUUUCCCAAGACCAGGGGGACCGCGCGUCCCUCGAUGCUGCCGACAGUGGCCGUGGGAGCUGGACCUCGUGCUCAAGUGGUUCCCAUGACAAUAUCCAGACCAUCCAGCACCAGAGAAGCUGGGAAACACUUCCAUUUGGGCACACUCACUUUGAUUAUUCAGGGGACCCUGCAAGUGCAUGGGCCUCAAGCAGCCAUAUGGACCAAAUUAUGUUUUCUGAUCAUAGCACAAAGUAUAACCGGCAAAAUCAAAGCAGAGAGAAUCUUGAACAAGCCCAGUCUCGGGCAAGCUGGGCCUCUUCCACGGGCUACUGGGGAGAAGACUCAGAAGGUGACACAGGCACAAUAAAGCGGAGAGGUGGCAAAGAUGUGUCCAUUGAGGCUGAGAGCAGCAGCCUGCCAUCUGUGGCCACAGAGGAAACCAAGCCCGUCCCCAUGCCUGCCCACAUAGCUGUGACACCCACGACGGCAAAGGGACUUAUUGCACGAAAGGAGGGCAGGUAUCGGGAGCCCCCGCCCACCCCUCCCGGCUACAUCGGAAUCCCCAUCACGGACUUCCCCGAAGGGCAUUCGCAUCCAACCAGGAAACCUCCGGACUACAACGUGGCGCUGCAGAGAUCGCGGAUGAUCGCCCGCCCCCCGGACUCUGCCGGGCCCCCCGCCGCGCCGCAGCCGCAGCCGCACGCGCACCCCGCAGGCGGCAGGCCCGUGAGCAAGCCCCAGUGGCAUAAGCCCAACGAGGGCGACCCGCGCCUCACUCCCUAUCAGUCUCAAGGGUUUUCCACCGAGGAGGACGAAGAUGAACAAGUAUCUGCUGUUUGAGGCACAGGGUUUUCUGGAUCCAGAGUGAGCCACCUGCGUGGAGAGCACAAGAAGACGUCCCUCGCAUCGGGGCCUGGGAACUCACAGUCUGAGGAUGGUGGACCAGUUUGCCUCCUUCCCUGCCUUAAAAGCAGCAUGGGGCUUCUUCUCCCCUUCUUCCUUUCCCCUUUGCAUGUGAAAUACUGUGAAGAAAUUGCCCUGGCACUUUUCAGACUUUGUUGCUUGAAAUGCACAGUGCAGCAUCUCCGAGUCCCCACUGUUGCUGCCUGCCACAUCACACAGUAUCAUUCCAAAUUCCAAGAUCAUCACGACAAGAUGAUUGACCCUGGCUGCACUUCUCAAUGCCUGGAAGGAUUUUUAAAAAUCUUCCUUUUAGAUUUCAAUCCAGUCCUAGCACUUGAUCUCAUUGGGAUAAUGAGAAAAGCUAGCCAUUGAACUUCUCGGGGCCUUUAACCCACCAAGGAAGACAAAGAAAAACAGUGAAAUCCUUUGAGUACAGUGCUUGUCCACUUGUUUACAAUGUCCUCCUCUCUUUUUUUUUUUUUUUUUUAAUGAUUUUAAAGAUUGUGUUCAGAGAGUAAAUGUUAUAUCCAUUUAAUAAUUACAGUAUUAUUUUGAACCUUUAAGUAGGGUUGCCAGCCUGGGUUUCUAAAAAACCAAAUAUGCCGGACCGAGUGUGGUCACACCAAGAAGAAGGGAAGACCUGGCUUGUGACCCGGUCUUCCCGUGUCCUUCAGGCCCCGCUCGUGAAGUGCCCUAUCCUGGAGAAGUAUAAACUGUUAGCCAAUUACUUAGAUACCAGGACACCCAUCCACGCCUUCCCCAGUGGGUGGGGUUCUUCUGUAAAACUGUUUGCACAUGGCCAGGGGAGGGAAAUAGGACUCUUGUGUCCUGUGUCUGAGCCUUAUGGAGUGCAGGACAGUGUCAUUUGAGGGUGUGUCCUGCUCCAUCGAGAUGGAUGGCAAACCCCCCCCCCUUUUUUUUUUAAGUUAUGUUUCUUUGAUUUUUAUUGAUUUAGUUCUAGGGAUUUUUGUUUUGUUUUGUUUUUUUUCAAGAGAAACUUUUAUAACUGGAUAGCAUCGCAGUGAAAGCAGCUCGGGAUGUUGGAGCGAAUGCCAGCUGUUAAUACUGCUCUUUCAAGACAGCCUCCCUUUACUGAAUUGGCAUUAGGGACUAAACAAGCCUGGACCGCGAUCACAGAUCAAAAGAUCCCACACCUGGUGAGAUAGACCAGCCUUCGCCAGGUGGGUUAGUCCCCAGAGACUAACCUGGGCGUGGCUUAAUGGACAUGAUGGAUAGAGAAGGCCUAAGUGUAGCAACCACCUGCUCACAGCUGCUAUUAACCCUAUAAUGACUGAAAUGACCCUCCACUCUAUUUUUGUGUUGUUUUUGCACAGACUCCGGAAAAGUGAAGGCUGCCAAUCCGAGUAGUACUCAGAUGUGAGGAACUGCUGGUCUUGGAUGUUGUUUUUUUUUUUUUUUCAUUAAAUUCAGCUGAUCAUAUUGAUCAGUAGAUAAACGUAAAUAGCUUCAAAUUAAAAAAAAAAAAAGUCGAAAUGCAGUGUUUUUUCACUGUAUCAAACAAUGUCAGUGCUUUAUUUAAUAAUUCUCUUCUGUAUCAUGGCAUUUGUCUACUUGCUUAUAUAUUACAUUGUCAAUUAAGCAUUUGUAAUUUUACAUGUAAUACGCAUUAUUUGCCAGUUUUAUUCUGUAGGCUAUGGACCUCAUGUGCAUAUAGAAAGAAAUCUAGCUCGACCACAAGUUGCACAGAUGUUAUCUAAGCAUUAAGUAAUCGUAGAACAUAGGACUGCUAAUCUCAGUUCGCUCUGUGACGUCACGUGCAGAAUGUACACUUAACUGGUGAUUUCCUCAUACUUUUGAUACUACUUGUACCUGUAUGUCUUUUAGAAAGACAUUGGUGGAGUCUGUAUCCCUUUUGUAUUUUUAAUACAAUAAUUGUACAUAUUGGUUAUAUUUUUGUUGAAGAUGGUAGAAAUGUACUAUGUUUAUGCUUCUACAUCCAGUUUGUAUAAGCUGGAAAAUAAAUAAAUAUAACAUAAA